UCUACGACACAGUCAUAAUUGUAGUGGUUACACAAUGUUAACAUUUACAUUGCUGUUUGGAUUAUUUGCAGGUGCACUCUGUAUUCCUCCACCAACUAGGGAAGAAGAUGCUUUAAUGAAUUUACUUUCACCUGAACAAUUUACAAUUUUUACGUCGGAGUCCAAACAUCCACUUCCAGCUCAUUCAACAAGAACAUCUUUCAAACAUAAAUAUGUAUAUUGCAAUGGUGGGAUUGCAGAUUAUAAAUCCGGAACUACUAUUGAUAUCACUGCAACGACAUCCGUGUCUGGUACAGCUCAUACUAAGGCGGCCCAAAUAAUUGCACGAAUGGUAAAGAAUAUGCCUACUGCUAUAUGCAACAGCGUUGCAGGACAAGUUAAAAUUGGAGUAUUUACAAAAUCUGAGGGCAUGAUGAUAUACCCAUACAAUCAUUAUGUAGCUGAUAGAGCAGAGUGUAGAGGUAUAUGUUCAAAUGCUUGUAAAAAUACUUGUACCCCUGAUGGCAGGAAGUAUGGAACUUUAGCCGGAUCUGCAGGGCGUACUACCACAAUCCUUGAUGACAACAUACUUUGUAGCGCAGCCGAUCCAUACUUACAUACAUUUAAUGUAUUAGUUCACGAAUUCACUCAUUCAGUUCAUACCUAUGGUGUAGACGCUGCAAUGAAAACAAGAAUUACUAAUUCCUAUAAUGCUGCCAGGGCCCAUCGCACCUGGGAAAUGUCUUCAUAUUCCAUGUCUAGUGAAGGAGAAUAUCUAGCACAAGGGGCAGCAGCGUACUUCAACACCAAUCGUGGAAUAUCACACGGAAACUAUAUGAACGAGUGUUCGAACAGUGUUCUCUGUGCAAAUGAAGCAGCUAUGAGAUAUCAUCUAUACGCAAAAGACAAGGAACUGUACAGUAUACUGUCUUAUAUUUAUACUAGUAACCAUGCUGAAAAACCCAGCGGCCUGCAUGUUUGUGUAUGACAACGCUAACAAAUAGGCGUACAUAUUUUCACUAAAACAAAAGUUAUUCUUUCAA